AUGCCCAUUUGCAUCGAGUGCUCGUAUCCAGUCUCGCACCUAUACAGCGCCUACAGUCGUGCCGAUGAUCGCUCUCAGGGUAAAGGCGUUCGAUUGACCCAGUGCCCGCGAUGUCAACGCUUCGCCGACAAAUAUGUCGAGCAUGACUUUGUCGUCCUCUUCAUUGAUCUAGUGCUUAUCAAGCCCCAGGUCUAUCGACACCUUCUCUUCAAUCGACUGGGGCGAGAUGACAACCAAUUCGAUCGGUCAAUCAUCCGCCUGGGAGUUUUACUACUCCUCUUCGAUGUCUACCUGACCUGGGCACGUAUCGAGAAAGACCCAUCACUUGCGACAACCUUUCUUUCGCGCGCACCCAUCAUUGUCCAAUACCUCUUCUUCUUGAGUCUCAAUGCUGCCGCGACACUAGCCCACCAUCUCACGGUCCGCCUCCUGGCCUCGCUUCUGGUCCCCAAGUCCCGCCGCCAUGUCCGGCCAGAUGCUAGCAAGAAUGUCAAUCCCACACUUAACCCAGGGGACCCGGUCCAACCCUCUGGUCCAACAACUCCGACAAUGCGACCCUCGCCAUCUGCAACCCCAGCAAACGCGCAAUCACAGCUCUCAAAUCCCCCCGCCAGUCCCCUAAGACCUCCUCCAACACCCACUCAUCCCGGGAUCACCUCACCAGAUCCACCUCCCACACCCCUAGGCUCAACAAUGGCACCACCUCGACCAACACCACUACGCCGCACAUCAACAGCCCCUCUAAACAUCCAAUCCCUCCCACCCCCAACAACAGCCAGCCCCGCCGCAAUCAGCACAGCCCUCCUAGUGAGCAGCUGCGCCAAACUCUUCCCCAUCCUCCUUGUAAUCUGGGGCGCCGACGGCAGCGGCAGUCUCUCCGACUCGCCUUUGACAGGAUCAAUCCGAUCCCCCAGACAACCCGCCACCAUGCCCAGCGCAGUCCACCAGACCCUUUUCGCAAACUCGCGCACUAAAUCGGCCCUGUCUGCUGUUUCUGCUCUUGCGCCGGGUACUGCGCCCCCGGUUUCGUUCCGGGAGUCGUGGGUUGCGGCCACGGCUUCUUUGCUGAGGAACUCGGGGCCUACUAGUUAUCUGGCUGGUGUUUUCGAUUUGCUUGCUUCGUUGCUUUCUUUGGGUGUCGUUGAUACCCAUCUUGUAUUAUUGAGUAAUAUUGUUGCUAUCUAUAUUCUACUGGGAUGUGGGUAUUUGCGCGCUGUGACGAUUGCGGUUGCUGGGCAGGUUGCUCGUUGGGCGGUGCAGAAGGUGAUUCUGGGUGCUGUCGGGGUCGGUUGA